GCCUUUUUUUCGACAUACUAUUCACAGAAUACAAAAAUGUGGAGUGAACUGUCAAAAACGUCAAGGCUAUUUGUUCUAGCCCUAACCUAACUUGAAGGUUGGAAGCCAAUUCAAGCUUUUCAAACUAUUUUGGUUCAAAUUUCAGAUGUAUCGGUGAUAUACACUAAUUAUUAAAUGACAAUGCAACGAAAAAUGACUGGGAAAAUGGUUUCACCAAUUUUUGCCGAAUUACUUGCUGUUGUGCUAGUGAUUUUAGUGCCACACGUACAGUGUUCAGGUCAAGUCGUCUAUGCCGUGAACUGUGGGGGCGAAGCGCACACAGAUUCUUAUGGUAUAAGAUACGAAAGGGACCCUUUGAAUGGUAAAGUGGGCAUCGCUUCAGACUAUGGCAAAAGGUUACUCAUUGGCAGAGUUCCACCCAAUGAUUAUAUUCUAUAUCAAACAGAAAGGUACCACACUAACACGUUUGGGUACGAUAUUCCAUUCCAUUCCGAUGGGGAAUAUGUCUUAGUUUUGAAAUUUUGUGAAGUUUACUUUAAUUCACCUGACCAAAAAGUGUUUGAUGUUGUCUUGAAUGGGGAACACACUGUUGUCUCUGACUUGGAUAUUUUUGAAAAAGUUGGGAGAGGGGUGGCUCAUGAUGAGUACAUUCCAUUUAAGAUAUCGAAAGAGAAAUUUCAAGUAGGCAUUGUAACCGUCCAGUCGAGUCGGGAAAAUAAAAGGUAUAAUGAGCAUACCAUUUACCAGCAAAAAAAUUCAUGGAAAAUGUUUGUUGAAAAUGUGUUGCGUGAGGAUUUUCCAAGAACCACACAUGAGUAUUUUGGAAGUUAUUCAUCCUUCAUGUUGGUGCAGCUUGUACAACAGGGUACAAUCCAGUUUGCAACACUUUAGUCUUGGAGGCUUGCACUUGUCUAGCUACUUUCCCAGUGCUUGUUGAAGUAUUUUCUGCUACAAGAUUCAAUACUCCUUCCUUAGUUUGCACCAUUCGGGGUUGUGCAUACCUCAAUAUUCUUGCAAACGACUUGCAUCCGAACAUCAUUGCACAAGGUCACCUGUAUUUGAAUUCUGAAGAUUCAGAGAUCCAUGGCAAUAAAAUAAGAGUAGAGUUUAUCAAGACCUAUAAGGAUAACCCAAAGAUCAACGCUAUGUAUGUCAUGAAAGGUAGACUGGAUGAUGUUCCUCAGCUUCCUCCUAUUCCUAGUGAACCUGUUACACCUGAACCACUUAGGGAAGAGGCAGAACCACCACCAUCAAAGAUAAGGAAGCCUAGUGGUCCUAAGCAACCUGAUCCUUAUAGUGAAGAUGAGUCUUCAUUGAUGUUACCUAUUUUUAUAGCUAUAGGUGCAUUUAUACCAGUACUGUUCUGUUUAUGCAAGCUGUGAAGUGAGCUUAGGUAAAAAAUAUAAAAAACAAUUCACUAUAAUAAUUGUGUGAUUAAAAACUCUAAUGCAUUGGCAUUUUCAUGAGUGAUCCCUUUCUCUUGUUUUUUAUUUUUGUUUUGCAAUUCUAAUCUCAGCAUGGGUACAUUAUAAAAAACGAAUAAAACUGUGGGGGCACUGAGACCUACAAAUAAUAUCUUAAAGACAAUAAAUGGGGUAAGCUUUAGAAAGGAUCAAGUAAAAAUCAUGAAUUAAGGUUUUCAACAGGCUUUUCAAGGUCUCUAUUCAUAGGUUAUUUCUGCUGUUUACUGACAUUGUGUUUGGACUACCAUGUUUUGGUGAAAUUGCAGUACACUUAUUUUUUUCUUUUAAUUUUUGUGAUAUAGUAGAUUCUACUAUUGGUUGUUAAAAUUAUGUAUAAGGUUUUAUUUUAUGUUGAUACAGUUUGAUAGUUCUAAAAGAUAUGUUUGAAAAUAUGGCAUUUUAUCUUUGGUUAACUGAUUAGUUAAGAACUAAUCACACAUAUUCAUUUGAAAUCUAUAAAAUGCAUUAGUAGUAUUAUUGUUAAUCGUUAUUGUGAUUGGAGACUAAAAAGUAUAAGUUAUUAUUCUUAAGUGAAAGGAUAAUGUAGAUAUUACCCAUUAAGGCGUGUUGAGCACAAUUAACUUUAGGAUUUGUGUGAUCAAUUGUGGUGGUGAGGUAGCACAAAUAUUUGUUUUUGUUAUCUAUAUAUGUAAAAUUCUGAAUAAACCAUUUUUCAUCUAAAAUUUCGUAAGUCACAAUUUUCUAUGGUUUGUUUUCUUGUUAGUUAAACGAUAGACUGCUAAGACGCGUUUUACGCCUCGUACCUCAGAGUGAAUCGAAAUUGUACCAAAAAUUCGUAGGCAAAGAUUGAUUAAAAAUAUUCUGGCAGUUAGAUUCUACCACAAAUUAUUUGAUCAAUGAUAAAACAAGUACAUAUAUGGUGUGAUUAAAAUGCGACUUACCUAUGACUGAUGUAUGUUCUCAUCAUUUUACUGUUAGUACUAUUUAUAUAAGUGGUUUGGGCUUGGACAUAUUAUUUUGUGUGGGGUACAGAGACGUAGGUAUAUUUUUUUUUAUAAAAAAUAUACAAACAAUACUGGCUAUACUUGAUAUAUCAUUCACAGCUCUGUGCUCUGGUGCGACUGUAGUACCUCCACUGUUAUGAAAUUUUCUACUCUACAGAAACAUUCCAGAUUUGAUGCAGAGCUUUGAGUUGUCUUAUAAAAACCUAGAACCCAGAACUCUUUGAUCUCAUUGUCAAGGUUCAGGAAUAAAAAAUUCUGUUGA